UUGUGCAGCUAGAGCAGCUGGAGCAGCGUAAUGGGGUCGCGAGAAACGCUCCAUUCAUGAACGAAAGGGAAGGAUACCCAGCAGGACAAUACACGCUCUCAGUGCUCUAUGUGCGAAGGUUUUUUCUUUUGAGAACGUUACACGGUGCUUUGCGUUUGUACGGCUACUCGUUGAAGAGAUAUUAUACCGAUGGGACAAGGAUUCGUGCUCCUGCGAAAGAGAGGACGAAAGAUUUCUUGCUCCUGCUGCUGGUAGCGCCAAAGUGCCAUGUACUCUCGCUUCAAGGCCCGUGGAGUCCGCGUGUGUGCCCUUUUAAUGCCGAUAGGCUCCAAUACUGGUGGUAGGCCGGAAAGGCACCAAAGCGGGACAGCCUUUGCUCUGUACGGCCUAGACUGCAGUCAGAACGCGACGACGGAGCAAGAGAAAUAAAACAAAAGGACAUUCGAAAACGAACAACGAGCAGCAAAAUUCUGCAGCAGUAUUCUUAGUGCUACAACUAGCGGAGCACACUACGAGUUUCUACUACGCUGCGCGAGGAUGUCGGGAAAAGUAUCCUGGCUCCACUAAGGGCUUCUGCACAUGAAAAACUAUUGCCCAUAACCAUUAAUCUCCUCGGCCGUGUACGUGCGUGCGUGUGCCCGUCCGUUCGACCGCAGCCGAUAUCGACGUUCGCGGAGUGUGGAACGAAAUUAGAACAAGCACCCGAAACCGUACACACGUGCACCCGUAUCAAGCACACAGAUAUUACAGAGGGACAGUGCGGCCGAUAAACCGAUCGAAUCCUCGGAAUCGGAAGAAAACGGUGCAGUGGUUGCAGUGCGGCCGCUAAACUAUAGCGCAAAGAAUAGAGAAACGCAAGGAUACUCAGGUGUACCGGACGAUGACGGGUCGAUUGCCAAGUGCUAGCAAUAAGUCGUGCUUGAAAGUAAAGUGCCCGCACUACGUGAAUGGUCAAACCAGCUCGGAUAGAAUUCGAUUGGAUGCAGGCAAAAAUUGUACGCUACGCAAAGAUUAAGUACAGCGAACGAUGGCAUCGCAGAACGGGAGAGAAUCGAAGGAGGCAAUGCCCAAAGCAAAUGGGUCUGUCUCGGCUGCGAACGGUGGAGUGCAGCAGCAGCAGCAGCAACAGCAGCAUGGCCAGCAGCCGCAACAGGAACAUUCGUGUGAAAUCUGCGGCAUGUCCGGUCUAUCAGAUGACGGGAUGCGCGACCAUACCCGCCAGAACCAUGUGGAAGGCAGCGCUCAGUGUCCGUUUUGUGGACUCACAGGCGUACCAGCAGCCGAGCUGCUGCUCCACGUGAACCAGGCUCACCUCGACUACUUAACUCCGGAGAAUGAGCUGAUGUCCUUCAUUGACGACCAAACGCCAAGUGUCGACGGUGAUUCCGAUUCCAUCUCUGAGUGCCGCGGUUUGUCGCCUUCCAUCACAUCCGAGUUGCUGACACCGGUAUCUCUCGGCGGCAACGGCAAGAUGGGUCAUAGCAGUGCCAGUAACAGCAGUAUGAUUAUGAUGAGUAUCGGCGGAAGCAACAGCAGCAAUAAUCAAAACCAUAAUCAACUGGGAACCAUGAGCGGUAGUUCUACCUCGCAGCACUUGCCGAACGGCGGAGUGCCCGCGAUUGCCGCUACUUCCUCGGCAAAGUUGAUGGCGAGCAGCAGCAAUUCCACGGUGGCCGGAAGCAGUAGCAUGAGCAGCAGCCGGUCAAGUUUAGGCAGCAGUAGCACUAACGCAAGCAGCAGCAACGCCACGGUUUCGAAUGGUUCGAUCCCGAAUGGCAAAUCCAGUAGCCUUCAUUAUCACUUCCCUGAGGUAACGAUAGCAACGGGCAGCAGUAGCAGUAGCGGUGUCGGAGAAUCGAACACCAACGGUGCCAUCGCCAGUGGCAGCAAGGAGUCGGCGGUAAUGAACGGGGGUGGUGCCGGUUGUACAACCCCGGCCGGUGCCGUCGCUGGAGCAGGUGGGCAAGGAUCGCCGCUGCGCUCUCAGCUUGGUUUGAAGUUGAAAACGAACAAACCAAACUCGUUCAAUGGGACUGCUGAAAACAACACUGCUGGACCAACAACGAUGACGAUUACAACGACGGCCACUACCAUCACCACCAAGCAAGCAAGCCCACUGCAAUGUCUGCUCUGUCCAUACACUUCCGACAACCCUUCGGUGCUUGAGGAGCACAUCAACCGGUCGCAUUUUGAUCCGCUCAGUCCCGGUGUUAAUGGAGCUGGAGGUGGUGGUGGUGGUGGGGGUGGAGCUAGUGGUGGUGGAGGAUCACAAGUAGACACCCUCAGCGUGCUGCAGUGUCCGAUUUGCAAUCGCACGUUCGAGACCGGUUCGGAUCUGGAGUUGCACGUGAACAUCGAACAUCGGGAUAUUCUCAGCCCGGCCAAGGCGGAUAGCGGAAGAGCGACGAACGGGACACCCUGUAACGGUGGUGCUUCGGCAUUGAAUGGUAGCUACGGUGGAAGCAGUAGUAGCCUUUGUCCAGUGUGUGGCAUUUCAUUCGACAAUAUGAAAACACAGGACAUGGAGUACCACAUCGAGAAGCACUUCUCAAAGAGUCCACAAAACCCGUACCACGCAGGCGGUGGGAGCAAUGAAGCGUCGGCGGUUGUCGUGGAUCUUGAAAAGCAGGCGCAAAAGCUGCGGGAACAACGAGAGUUCGAAUUGUUGCGGGCCCAGUACGGAAUGGACGAUCAGGGUAACUUUAGAGAGCAGUCGGCGGCGGCAAUGCAGCGGGCCGUGUACGCGGGUGAGAUGAGCGUGGCAGACUACUAUGAGCGGCAGGUCGGGCUGCGGGCGGCCGAAUCGCACGGUGUCGAUGAUGGAUCGUCCUGCACGAAAUCGGUUUCGCCGAGGGUGCUGUCCCUGUCCUCGUCGUCUUUGACUGUGAUCAAGACGUACGUUUGCUCGAGCGUAGAUCACUACGCGUCAAGCUACGGUGACAAGGGUUGGGGAUGUGGCUAUCGAAAUCUUCAAAUGAUGCUUUCGUCGCUUCUGCAGAACACUUCAUACAACGAGGCUCUUUACUCCGCCUGGGGAUCACAUGGUCCUGCCCGAACGGCUAUGCCCAGCAUCUCUCGUUUGCAGCGCAUGGUAGAAGCAGCCUGGGCGCAAGGCUUCGACAUUCAGGGCUCGGAACAGCUCGGUUGCAAACUACACAAUACGCGCAAGUGGAUUGGUGCGACAGAAAUCGUGACAGUCCUGUCCUGGCUUCGUAUCCGCUGUGAGCUGGUAGAUUUCCAUCGACCCACCUCGCCGGACGGCCGCCAUCCGGAAUUGUUCAACUGGGUGCUGCGUUAUUUCGAGGAACCGAGGAUUCACACACCUCCGCUGUACUUACAGCAUCAAGGACACUCUCGUACCAUUAUUGGAAUCGAGCAGCGAACGUCCGGCCUCUCGCUGCUAGUGCUUGACCCAAGUCAUGGACCCCGCCAGGUAGCAGCACUCGGUUCGUCGCAGGACUCUCUACGUUUGAUACGCAAGAAUUCGGCCGCAAUGCGUGCCCCACAGUACCAGGUGGUGGCUGUAAAGGGAUUGAUUGAAACAGAGGAACAGUAUCAGGCUAGUAAAGUAUUAAAAUCCUUACGCAUUCCACCUGACCGUUGACGUGCCGAACGGUGGAAUCGAUCGAUCAUACGUCGAUCAACACUUGUAACCGUUUGUUAAUCAUUUACACCGCGCAGCACAAUAAUGCCGGCUGCCUUCGUAUCAAGGGACAGCACACUCAAAGAAAACAGAACGCGAUUCGAUUCGCUGAUUCGAUGUUUAAUUUAAAUCUACUACUUAGACUUACCGCUCUUUCCAAACAACAGCCAAUCUUUUCAAAACUCCCCCGAUAAUGCAUGAAAGUAAAACGUGAUGAGCUUAUAGCACAAAUACAGCACAUGUGAACGUGUGCCCGUGUACACGAACGUUGCACGAUGAUAUCUUAUAGAAGAAAAAUGUUCUCCUUUCCGUUUUUUAUGGAACCGUUCGACAUCGCACUUACCUGGCCUAUGCGAAAAAUGAAGAUUAACGGAAUUGAAUAUACCGUAAACUGAUUCGAGGCAAACAUGUUAAGCAGAAACCUAUGCGUACCUAAAUUAAUAAUGUAUAGAUAAGGGGAACAGACAUGCCCCAAAAAAAAUGGGAAUCCAAAUGAUUUCUGCUCCACGAUGCAAAACACGAAAUUAAACCCCAUUACUUUCUUAGUUUUCAUAUCAAUGAUGUGUGGGCCUAAAAAGUUAAGUUAUGUUUAAAUGUUUAUUACAAUGAAAAGUGUUAUAAAUGUAGUGUAUCCCGGCAGGUGGUAACUGUUUACGCUCAAAGCGCAACUUAUUUCAAUCUAAAUAUUGAUGGUGUUGGUAUUCAUAAAAUUUGCUCAGAUCAGACGUCGAGAAACCUGCGUUGCUCAUUCCAUGCUUUUGGCAUCCAAAAUCGAACUCUUCAAAUCGAGCAAUAGUUUCCAACGCGGCACACCCACACCCAUUGCCCCAUAAAUAAACCGUAUUUACGGUACUCAAUUCUAUGUUUUGCUCGGGUGGAUCAUAGUGGUAUGUAAUUCUGUUCGAAAAUUCUUAUUCAUACAAUUGCAGAAAAAAGAAACGUGCUUUCAUAAAAGAUUACCAAUUCAUGGUGAGAAAAUUACUGGCAAAACUAACGGUAACACAAGUGACAAUCCUCUUCCUCCCAGAAUAAAACUAAAAACCAAAAAUAUGCAUGACAUUUAACCUAGAAAAAUCUCAAUACGCAAUGCGAACACUGGCCCCCGACACACUUGUAAAUCAAUUUACCCAAAUAAGGAUACGAUCGUUCAGUGAAAAAUCGCACGGAACCUGCAAGAGUGAUCCUAACAGUUUUCAAUUAAAAGGAUUGUGAUAUAACUAAGAGCCACGUAUCUAUCGACAAAGCAGGGGCGAGCAUUGAAAGGUGAAACAAAAACAAAAGAAAACUAUAAAUAAAAUGAAAAAAAUAAUUUCCAACAUCGGACGGCCAAUCGGGAUGCAAAUGGCCAACGGGAUGAUGGAUUACGUAAAAAACGGUACAAAGUAUAAUAAUCGAGCGAUUAUAGAUAGCCCUUACCCUUUCGUGUGUGUAGCGCUGCCGGGUGUCCAAAUUUUUGUGGGUAAAAUGCGAUUGGAACUAACAAUUAACCAGAAUAACAGUAUAGCAUAACGCAUCAAAAUUCGUACACAGCUCCCAUUUCUUGUGUUAAAAUUUUAUUCUCAACUCCUUAGGCUAGCCAUUCCAUUUUAUCUACAAAUCAACCAGCCAGCGGAUCCCUGCGGCUCGUCCCAGAGGGUCAAGAAAGUAAUUAAACGAACUAAUCCAUAGUUAACUCCAUUAGUUAGCUGUUGGUUUCAGGAUCUUAGUCUUAGCUUCUCAGUGAUACUUGUUACUUGUUCACAUUAAGACAAACCCUUAUUCCAUCCAAUUCAUCUGUUCUCUACCGAUGAGGCAAAAUUAGUCCUUACUGCAAGCGGUAUAGUAAUAGGUAUUUGCGAUGCUUUAACCGUAAUUCAAAAGUCAGGGUUUUAAUGCUGCAUUAUGCUGACUUGUUUCGGACACACUUUAUAAAAUAGAAAUCAGCCGAUUCGGUGCACAGAGCAAUAAUUUUUCGCAUUUUGUCUUUUAAGCUAUUAUUAGCUUUUAUAGGUAUUUGUUUGUUCAGUGUGUGUAAAACUAACAAAAAAAAUUAUAACGAACGGGAAAAGUUAACAAAACAUUGCAGUGCAUAAAAAUCAACA